ACUCCCUCUUCUUCCUCCACCUUUUGAGAGAAAAACAAAAACACAUAAGCCUUUGAUUAGUUAUGCAUAAUCGUUGAUCUCGAGGUUCCCUCCAUUGUUAAGCUUCAAGAUAGUGGUGCUCCAUGUGCCUAAACCCUAACAUAGAUCUCCAUUAAGCAAAAAUUUCAGCUAAAAGCUGCCACACUCUCUCUUCAGAGUUGCAGCUAUAUAAGAAGCUUGUUAGGAGAAUUGUUUUAGUCCCACUUGCUUUUUAUUGCUUUUUAUUCAACGAUUCCAAUGGGUGAAGAAGCCAAAGAGGCAGAAGCUAAGGUUUCUGAAGCGCCUAAACAGGAAGAGAAAGCAGCCGCGGGGGAGAAAGAGGAGAAGAAGGAAGAGGUGAAGUCCUCUUCUCCCUCACCUCCUCCUCCAAUUGUUCUUUUCGUUGAUUUGCACUGCGUUGGUUGUGCAAAGAAGAUUGAGAGGUCCAUUCUCAAGUGUAGAGGGGUUGAAGAGGUAGAGACGAAGAUAGAAAAGAAUGAGGUGAUAGUGAAAGGAAAAGUGGAUCCACAAGCUCUAUGUGCUCUCAUUCAGAAGAAGACAUCAAGAAAGGCUGAAGUCCUCUCCCCACUCCCCCUUCCGGAUGCUGCUGAUUCCACCAAAACCCAAACACCAUCACCACCACCACCACCUCAGACUUGUGGGAUUGCUACGGUUGAGCUGCUAGUUAACAUGCACUGCGAGGCUUGUGCUCAACAGCUUCGGAAAAAGAUUAUGAAGAUGGGAGGAGUACAAGCAGCCGAAACAGACCAGAACGCCAAGAAAGUAACCGUAACCGGAACCAUAAACGCAGCUAAAUUGGUCGAUUACAUUCACCGGCGAACUGGUAAGAUCGCCACCAUCAUUCCUCCGUCACCUCCGCCGCCGCCGAUGGCGCCGGAAGAGAAAAAAGAAAACGGAGAAACAAAAGCAGAUAAUACUGAGAAGCUUCCUGAGGAGAAAAAAGAGAACAAUGAGAAGAAAAGCAUCCCCGAAGAGGCGCCGAAAGCCAUGAACGGCUACGAGGAGAUGGUGAAGAGGAUGAUGUAUUGGAAUGGUGGGGGUGGUUAUAAUAUGAUGAAUGUGUAUCAUGAUGAUGAGAUGUCGAAGAGGAUGAUGACGAUGGUGCAUGAUUGGAUGCCCAUGGGCAUGCCCGCCGUGGCCAUGCCAACGACCAUGGUUGUCUACGAUCGACCGCAGCUGUUGCCGCCGCCGCCGCAGAUGUUCAGUGAUGAGAAUCCCAAUGCAUGCUCCAUAUCGUAGGAUUUGGUUUGGUUGCUAUUGAGUGAACUCAUGGUUGUAUGUUGGAUGGAUAUUUGUAUGAUUUUGUAUGUAUCAUGGAGGCAUGGAUUGUGUAUAUCAUGUAAUGGUAGUUGAUGCUUCGAAUUUUAUUAUAAUAUUAUAUUUAAU